AUGGCUUUUUCUGUCCGCGCAACGUCCUCCUCCGCUCACCACAUCGCACGCAACGUCGUCUCCAAAACGCGUUCCUCGUGUUCUUCGUCCUUAGCCUCGAAGCGUUCCCAAGGGAUGCAGGGGAAAAAAAUGAGUCCAUCCUCGUCCUCGAUUCCGUUUCAUUUCAGCAGCAGCGGCAGAAAGUCCGCGAUGACUGUCCAAGCGGCGGCGGAUGGUCCGGUGUGCGUCGUGACUGGUGCUUCUCGUGGCAUCGGCGCGGCUAUUGCCACGCAGUUGGGCGCGCAAGGCUGCCGAGUUGUCGUCAACUACGCGGCGAGCUCGGGACCGGCCGAGGAAGUGUGCAAAACCAUCAAAGCGUCCGGUGGGGACGCCAUCGCGGUGCAAGCGAACGUGGCGAAGCAAGAGGAAGUCGACGCGUUGUUUAAAGCCGCGGUGGACGCGUUCGGUGAGGUGAACGUUUUGGUGAACAACGCGGGUAUUACCCGAGAUACGCUGAUGAUGCGCAUGAAAUUAGCCCAGUGGCAAGAGGUUAUCGACUUGAACUUAACCGGCGUGUUUUUGUGUACGCAAGCGGCGUGUAAAAUCAUGGGGAAGAAGAAACCAGUGAAAGGGAGAAUUAUCAACAUCACUUCCGUGGUUGGCGUGACCGGGAACGCCGGGCAGGCAAACUACUCCGCGGCUAAAGCCGGGGUGAUUGGGUUGACGAAAACCGUCGCGAGAGAAUACGCCGGGAGAAACAUUCAGUGCAACGCCAUCGCGCCUGGGUUUAUUGCGAGUGAUAUGACUGCAGAGUUAGGGCCAGAAAUCGAGGCAAAGAUCUUGACGACAAUUCCAGCCGGGAAAUACGGUCAGCCGGAAGAUAUCGCGGGCAUGGUGAGAUUUUUGGCGUUGGAUCCGGCGGCGGCGUAUAUCACCGGCCAAACGAUCCACGUCGACGGCGGCAUGGUCAUGUAA